UAUUAAUCACACGCCCAUACAGACGAGACGAGAGGAGAGGAGAGGAGAGGAGAGGAAAUAUCCAUUUCAAUUUUCAAUUCCUCCUGAAUCCUCUCUGUGAUUCUCAAUCAACAACCCAAAAAAAAGAAAAAAAAGGAAGAAGAAGAAGAAAACCCAAAUCAGCCAUCCUUAGCACCGUUUCUUUCUCCAUUCUCCAUGGGUUCUGGAACCGAACAUCAUGAAAAGAAGCAGAUUGAACAGAAGGACAAUUAGACAAUGUGAUAGUCUCCUAGACAAGCUCCAAACUUCCACCUCCUCCUUCCUGCAGAAACAGGGCACAGGGUUGAUGGAGGAGGAGGAGACGAAGUAACUGGUACAGACUUGGAAGAUAUCAAAACAGAGAGCGAAGGAGGAAGAAGCAGAAAGUAAAUAAGGAAACCUCAAAGACAGACAGACAGAGAAAGAGAGGGAAGCGAGAGAAUUCAGAUAUCCAUUCAUCUCCCCUACAUUAAUUAGCAACGACAUUGGAAAUUCAUUGGUUCAUUGAAUCAAUGCAUCAAUAAUGCCUUCUCCAUUCCCAAUUGAAUCCCAAAUACCCUUUCGUAUUUCCUUCUCCUUAAUCUUCUUUUUCUUCUCCACCUUCUCUCUCUUCCUCCCUCUCUCCCUCUCCCUCUCCCACAACGAAACCAACGUAUCUGGAAUUUUCUGCCGCAAAUCCUCCGAUAACUCCUCCUCCUCCUCCAAUGCCUCGCGGCAUUUGCUUGAAUCCUCUCACCCCUUCACCACGCAUCUUAAAGUUAAAACAAGGAGUUGGGCAAUUCUGACCCCCGACUCCCCCGCCGCUGCUGCAGCCUCUCCUAACUUGUACGCCCUGGCACAAUGCUUCGGAGGCCUCUCCCAGACCGAUUGCGAUCGUUGCUUAGUUGCAAGCCAGGACAAGAUAAAACCAUGUCUUCGCUACCCUUCUGGUCGAAUCUAUCUCGACGGUUGUUUCCUCCGCUACGAAAGAUUCAGAUUCUUCAAGCAGUGGUCUGACCCCCAAACCGACACCAUCAAAUGUAGUCGCACCUGUGGUAAUAUUACAGACCCAUCUCUGUACCAUGAGUUUUUGAAGAAGCUCGCCAACUUGUUCAUCAACGUGACGGGAACUGCAUCGGAACACGACGGAUUCGGGUUGGGGGAGGCCAAAGGUGGUGUGAACCCUGUGUAUAUAUUAGCCCAAUGUUGGAAGACGGUGAGCAAGACUGGAUGUAUAGCUUGCUUAAAGAACGCAGCGCGAGGGCUGAUUUCUUGCGUGCCCGGCAAGGAAGGGAUUGCAAUGAAUGCAGGGUGUUAUAUGAGGUAUUCAACCAACAAAUUUUAUGGCGACAAAGCCGAUCAAAUUGAUGAUUCAGAUAAUAAAAAUCCAAUUACUGUUGUGGUCAUCCUUUCGAUCUCGUGUCUCGCUUUUCUUUUGCUUUCUCUGGUUGGUGGUUGUCUAGGGUACGCAAGACUGUCAGAGAACAACGCAGAACGCAGACGCAGAAAGGUUGCAAAUGAAAGCAAAUCUAAUUUGAAUUUCAAUUAUGAAACACUUGAGAGGGCAACAGAUUCGUUCAAUCCCUCGAGAAAAUUAGGCCAAGGAGGAGGUGGUUCAGUGUUCAGGGGGGACCUCCCUGAUGGAAGGACUGUUGCUGUCAAGAGGUUGUUUUUUAGCAACCGACAAUGGGUGGAUGAAUUCUUCAAUGAGGUGAACUUGAUCAGUGAAAUCCAGCACAAAAACCUCAUAAAACUUCUGGGUUGUAGCAUUGAAGGCCCAGCUAGCCUUCUGGUUUUUGAGUUUGCACCCAACAUGAGUCUUGAUCAGUACCUUUUUGGUAAGAACAAGACCAUAACACUAAGCUGGGAGCAGAGGCUUAACAUCAUUGUUGGAACUGCUGAGGGGCUGGCACAUCUUCAUGAUGGUUCUCAGAAAAGAAUAAUCCACAGGGACAUGAAAUGUAGUAAUAUUUUCCUGGAUGAGAAUAUGACUGCAAAGAUUGCCGACUUUGGACUCGCUCGGCCCUUUUCAGCUGAUAAGACUCACCUUAGCACUGGAAUUGCAGGAACAAUGGGAUACAUGGCUCCUGAAUAUCUUGUUCGUGGGCAACUAACAGAGAAAGCAGAUGUUUUUAGCUUUGGAGUAGUUGUCCUCGAGGUUGUAUGUGGUAGGAGGAAUAGUAUUUUCGUGCAGGAGGCUGGUUCUGUUCUACACACUGUUUGGAACCAUUAUCAGUCAAGUACAUUGUCAGAUUCUAUCGACCCAUCAUUGGGAGAAGAUUUUCCAGUAGAAGAAGCAUGUAAUGUGCUCCGAAUUGGGCUUCUUUGUACCCAGGCCACUGUGUCUUCAAGACCAUCAAUGGCUGAAGUGGUUCAGAUGCUUACCAAUGAAGAUUACAUAAUUCCUACACCAACAAAUCCUCCAUUCAUGAAUAACAGUGCGACAUCAGACACCACUGAAUUUUUUAGUGUGUGUUCAUCAUCAUUUGGAGCUUUGAGAAGUGAAGAAUUAUCUCAGCCAAGAUGGGGCUGCACUUACACGCUCAUUUGACCUCAUUAAAGUGUAUAAAUUCGAAUCAGUGAGGAAUCAGCAGAGAAGCUAACGAAAGCAGAAAUUGCUUGCUACAUGUAAUAAACACAAUCAAAGAGUUUCCCAGUGAAAGAAGAGUUUUAUAUAAAUAUAUAUAUAUAUAUAUAAUGAAUUACAUUGGGGGUUGGUAAA